CAAACUGACCGUCAGGCGACUCGUAAUGGGACCGUAACUUCACUGUGAGCAAAAAAAAAAAGCGGAGAAAAACCUGCACUUUGUCAUCUUUAAGUCCGCUGACCCAGGGACCAGGGUGUGGACGACUGCAAACAGAGAAGGUGGGGUCAGCUCAACCUGGGGGCGGAGCUUGCGAUGGGAGGAGCCUAAAACCCUCGAGCAUCCGAUCGCGUGGCGAGCCGGACGAGGCUGAGCUUGUGCUUUACUGUAGCCAUGCUGAGUAUCAAGCUUCCCCAGCUCUUCAACAUCCACCAAGUUCCCAAGGUGUUCCGGGAGGACGGCAUCAUCUCGGGGUACCGCCACCCCCGCAGCUCCGCCUUGGACUGUGUGCUCAGCAGCUUCCAAAUGACCAACGAGACAGUGAACAUCUGGACCCACUUCCUGCCAACCUGGUACUUCCUGUGGCGGCUCAGUGUCCUCAGCUCCUCCCUGGACUUCCUGUCAGAGAGCUACACUUGGCCGCUGCUGGUGUACAUGUUGCUCAUUUGCCUUUACCCGUUCACAUCCAGCUGUGCCCACACCUUCAGCACCAUGUCCCCCGAGGCGUGUCACAUCUGCUACUUCUUUGACUAUGGCGCGCUCAGCCUCUACAGCCUGGGCUGCGCCAUCACCUACGGCUCCUACGUGAUGCCCGACUGCUGGCUCAACAGCUGGCUGCAUCGCCGCUUUGUGCCCAUCGCCGUGGGCAACAUGCUCUUCUGCACCGGCCUCUCCUGCUACUCCAGGUUUCUGGAGCUGGAAUUCCCACACAGGAGCAAGAUGCUGCGUACGGCGGCGUUCGUCUAUCCCUUCCUCUUUGACAACAUUCCUCUGUUCUACAGGCUCCUGCUCUGCUUCGGGGGAGGCUGCAGCCACAGCGAGGCUCUAUCCAGCCACUGCUACCACCUGCUCUUCGCCUUCCUCACCUGCUUCCUGUUCGCCUCCCACCUGCCCGAGCGGCUGGCUCCCGGGCGCUUCGAUUACAUCGGACACAGCCACCAGCUCUUCCACAUCUGCGCCGUCGUGGGCACACACUUCCAGAUGGAGGCGGUGCUCACGGACAUGACCGUGCGCCGAAGCUGGCUGAUGGCCCACGCGGGGGUCCCUUCCUUCAUGGGAACGGUGGGCACGUUGGCCCUGGGCUUUGCGCUCAACCUCGCCAUCAUCGGCCUGUUCAGCGCCGUCCUCCUGUGGGCGCCUCAUCUCGUCGGGCCGAGCCACGGCACCAGUCACCAACCGUCCGGCGACAAGGAGAACUGAGGUUCAUCUCGAGCUUCGGCUCUUUCCGACAAACGCCGCGGCAAAGGCGACCCGGCGCUCCAGCUGCCCUCGUGCCUCUUGACAAUGACGUUAAUUAGCAGACUCUAGGCUUCCGCGUUGGCUUGGUCCUCCAGCGCUUGUACCUCUGUCGGGAUAUUUCCGUUUUAGGACAAGAGCUACAAAAGCGACUCAAAGCACUGAACGAGAUUGUCCUCAAUUUUUGCGAGGAAAAUAGAGGUUUUAUAGAUGCUUCUCUGUAGGAUCGUCACAGGUUUGAAACCUUUGAAUCACAUGAAGAAUCUUGUCUGAGCAGCGGGCAGUCGCGGACACGGGUGCAGGAGAGCGUGAAACCAAACAUCUCAGGGUAUGAUCACCUUCAUCUUGACCCUGAGCGUUACACUCAAAGUGUCCAACCUAACUUCUCAGGCAUCUCAGCAUUCAACCUGAACAUACUGACAUGCCUCUGGACAUACUUGGUCCAUCUGGACUUGAUUUAGAUCAGGAUUCGGAGACAGUUAACUGAUUGACUGGACCGUAACCUUGGUGAUGCUUGUAUUCUUAAAACCUGCCGCACUGUUCCUUGAUUUGAGGUGCAGCGUGGGUGAUCUAAUGAACCAUGACUCAUUGGAGCGUGUGUAGAAUCGGUGUGUUCCGCUGCCCUCCCAGACAAUGAGAACAAAUGCCGAAGGCGGGUUGUGUUUGCCGUGCAGACUUCUUCUGCCCCCCGGGCUCACGUUGUGGAGGUGAUCCAGGCCAGUUCCGUCACAUUCCAGAUUGUGUCUGAGCGCACGUGUCGAACUCGCGGUUUGUUGUUGCGCGAGGAGCUUCGCGGUUCCUAAGCAACCGCAGCCUUGACGAGAAGCUGGGUCCGUUCACUUCCGGUGUUUGAUGGGGUCCCGAUGAAUAAGGAUCGUGAAGAAGUCGGCAGCGUUACGCGGUGCGGCCAUGUGGGUCGGCUGCUGUUUGCAAUCCUUAAGCUAGUUUGUAGUGAAAUAGAGGGAUUUUUUUUAAACUUCGUCUAACAGGUCCUGUACAACUGCUGCUUCUGGUGGGACACGAGCGCCUCGUGGGUCUCAGCUGACUUUGGGAUUGGAUCUCGCCAGUUAAGGUUCCAAUCCCUCAUGCAAGCCAGGCCAGUGUGGACUUUGCACAAAUCCAGCAGCACUGCCUCAGCCUCAGCGUCUCUCCUGUUGGACGUGAACGUGUCUGAUUUCCCAUCAGAGAUGCUCGCAGACGUCUGACUGACAGUCGGAUGGACCGCGCUGCUCGGGUAAAAGCAGCACUGCGGUACCCUUGACGCUUUUAAAUGAGAUCGGCCUUAAAAAUCUUUUCCAAAGGUGUUCGUCCGACUGUAUUCCAUAAUUGACUGAACCUGGGAACGAAUAAGCUGUUCUUCUCUGCCGUGUGUCGAUGUAGUUGAUAAAUUAUCAGGUCAAAUAAGUAGGAAAACUGAACUUUUUCAGUGUGCCGUGUAACGGCUUUCCACGUCUAUACACAAUAUUUUGUUAAAGUGCCAAAAAUAUGUUUUAUUAACCAUUGUGCCUUUUUACAGCGUUACCCACCAAUGUACUGAAAAUGUAUUUUUUCUUAUGUUCGUAUAUGUCUUGGGGGAAAAAUAUGUGCCUUGUGUGUCACUGAGAAAGAUGCUUUUCCAAAUAUUAUCUCCUAAGCAGUUUGUUUUUAUAUCUUUUGUACAA